CUGGUCUUUUAGAGAAACAUGAGCCUUUACUCACUGCACGUUACUCAAAGUGGUUUUGUAACUCUCUUUGGGUUGUUCCUCUGUGUAUCAGAUGUAGAGAGUAUGAGAACACUGACAAAUGUAGCAGUCAACUAUGGAGGAUCUGUGACUAUUCCAUGUCUUUAUGACCAGCAAUACAAAGCAAACCCUAAAUACUGGUGCCAAGGGAGACAUUGGAUUACUUGCACGAUAGUAGCCUAUGCAAACACAUAUGGAAGUACAUCAGUGAUCGACCAUCCAGCUCAUAAUAUGUUCACUGUGGAACUGAACCCUGUCUUUGAUUCUGGAAAGUAUUGGUGUGCUGCAGAAAUUGGUGGACCAGGGACCAAGGAUGAUCGUGUAUAUUUAUACCUGAAAGUUAGUCAGAAUCCUGAUCUGUCUGUGAGGGAGAGCAGAGUGAGAGGUGAGGAAGGAGGCAGCAUCACAGUAGAGUGUCUCUACAGCUCUGCAUAUCAGAAUGAAAACAAACAGUGGUGCAGAUUCCCUGGUAUGAGCUGCAACUCAGUGGAGAGAACUGAAACAUCCCAGAAUUCAGCAGUGGUCAUCAGUGAUGAUGGGAAACGUUCCUUCACUGUGAAGAUGAGUGGACUGAAGAAGAGUGAUGCUGGCUGGUACUGGUGCAGUGCAGGAGAUCUGCAGGUUCCUGUGCAUAUCAGUGUUGGUGCUGAAGCUCCAGCAAUAUCUGACUUGUCUAGCAGUAAUGAAACCAUAGUGGCUCAGCCAGAGGACUUGAAUCCUAUUGAACAUCUCGGAAGAGACUUUAAAAUGGCCGUCCACCUACAGUCCCCAUCCAACCUGACCCAUCCUGAGAGGAUUUCGCCUAAUCCUGAAGAAGGAAGAGCAUUUGUUUUACCUGUCUUUAAGAGAAACAUGAGCCUUUACUCACUGCACGUUUCUCAAAGUGGUUUUGUAACUCUCUUUGGAUUGUUCCUCUGUGCAUCAGAUGUAGAGAGUAUGAGAACACUGAAAAAUAUAGCAGUCAAACAUGGAGGAUCUGUGACUAUUCCAUGUCUUUAUGACCAACAAUACAAAGCAAACUUAAAAUAUUGGUGCCAAGGGUAUUAUUGGGCUACUUGCAGCAUAGUAGCCUAUGCAAACACACAUGGAAGGAUAUCAGUGAUCGAUCAUCAAGCACAAAAUAUAUUCACUGUGGAACUGAACCCUGUCUUUGAUUCUGGAUGGUUUUGGUGUGCUGCAGAAAUUGGGAAUUCAUGGAUCAUGGAUGAUCGUGAUUAUUUGUACAUGACAGUUAGUAAAGAUCCAGGUUUGUCUGUGAGGGAGAGCAGAGUGAGAGGUGAGGAAGGAGGCAGCAUCACAGUAGAGUGUUUCUACAGCUCUGCAUAUCAGAAUGAAAACAAGAAGUGGUGCAGAUUCAAAGAUCGGAGGUGCACCUCAGUGGGGAGAACUGAAACAUCCCAGAAGUCAGCAGUGGUCAUCAGCGAUGAUGGGAAACGUUCCUUUAGCGUGCAGAUGAGUGGACUGAAGAAGAGUGAUUCUGGCUGGUACUGGUGCAGUGCAGGAGAUCUGCAGGUUCCUGUGCAUCUCAGUGUUGGUGCUGAAGCUCCAGCAUUAUUUAAGACUGCAGGGUCUGGCAGUUCUAAAACCAUGGUGUUGGUAAAGUCAGAAAAAGGAAGAGCAUUUGUCAUCUUGGUCUCUGAGAGAAACAUGAGCCUUUACUCACUGCAGGUUGUAGCUCUCUUUGGGAUAUUCCUCUGUGUUUCAGAUGUAGAGAGUAUGAGAACACUGACAAAUGUAGCAGUCAACUAUGGAGGAUCUGUGACUAUUCCAUGUCUUUAUGACCAGCAAUACAAAGCAAACCCUAAAUUCUGGUGCAAAGGGUACCAUUGGGCUACCUGCAGCAUAGUAGCCUAUGCAAACACAAAUGGAAGUACAUCAGUGAUCGACCAUCCAGCUCAUAAUAUGUUCACUGUGGACCUGAACCCUGUCUUUGAAUCUGGAUCGUAUUGGUGUGCUGCAGAAAUUGGUGGACCAGGGAUCAUGGAUGAUAGUGUUUAUUUAUACCUGACAGUUAGUCAGAAUCCUGAUCUGUCUGUGAGGGAGAGCAGAGUGAGAGGUGAGGAAGGAGGCAGCAUCACAGUAGAGUGUCUCUACAGCUCUGCAUAUCAGAAUGAAAACAAACAGUGGUGCAGAUUCCCUGGUAUGAGCUGCAACUCAGUGGAGAGAACUGAAACAUCCCAGAAUUCAGCAGUGGUCAUCAGUGAUGAUGGGAAACGUUCCUUCACUGUGAAGAUGAGUGGACUGAAGAAGAGUGAUGCUGGCUGGUACUGGUGCAGUGCAGGAGAUCUGCAGGUUCCUGUGCAUAUCAGCGUUGGUGCUGAAGCUCCAGGACUGCCUUCACAUAGAUUACAAAAUAAUGGAUCACCAAGUGAUUACACAAUACUGGCACUUUGCAUCAGCUCCGGGAUUUUAUUUGUUCUCAUGGUGGUUGGCGCAAUCGUCUGGAGGCUUCAAAAGAAACGAACUGGAAUAUCAGUCACAGACAAAGGAUGUGCCAAAAGUCUGGCUUCAUCAGCUUCUGAGCCAGAAGUGACUUACACAGCAGUCAGACUCUCUCACCAUCCAACAGGAGGAGAAGUCUCUCCAGUUUCCUGUGACGACCCAGUCAUCUACAGCUCAGUAACACAGUAGAAACAAGAGGCUACAGGAAAAAAACAACAAAUCUGCACUGGAAAGACUCUGCAAGCAGUGGUGGUACUACACACCUUAUUUCAUGUUUCUCUAUUCUAUAUCUGGAGUCAUUCACUCUAAGAGAACAUGAAGCCAUGUGGAGUUUUGUCCUUUCUUUCGAAAUCAAAAAAGAUUUGCGUCAAAAAAACAGCAGGUCUCCGUGCUGGAGGAAGUUGAUUUUGUAGUAGACAGGACAUUAUGACACUUUGCAGAAGUGUACAUGUUGACGAACCACAAGCUUCAGUAUGUAAUGCUUUUCCCUCAUCCCAAACAUUUAAUAUAUAUAUGUAUGUAUUUGUAUAUAUAAAGGGUGUAAUGGUACGUUCCCUAAUUUUAGUACAGUCAGGGGGAUGCAAAACAUAAGUGCUUGCAAUUUUUUAUUAACGCAUUAUAUUAUAAUUAAAAAUACAUUAAAAUAAAUUAAGAAUAAUUAAAAAAUAAUGUUGUGAUCAACAUUUAAACAGUUUCCAUUUUACAACCUGCUUUGUUAAAUAAUAUAUCAAAUAAUAUUUGAUAUUAAUUUAUAAAAAAUGUAACAGAAUAAAUCAAAUUAAUGCAAUGCACUUUUCCAAAAACAAAAGACGUUCUGUUAUUAAAAAGGAUUAAAUCCAGUGCACAUGCGUACCGAACCAAAAGCCUUGUACCAAAAAAUGUUGGUAGGAAUACGUGAUAUUUUUUAUUUUUCUAAGGAAUAUACAGUAUGUAAAAACAAAAAAAAUGUGAUAUCGAACA